AUGCAUCCACAGAGGUAAGCCCUGUCUCUUUAUUUCAACUCUAAUUACAACAUUCAUUUCUCCUUCUUCUCUGUUGUGUGACUCUUGUGCAAAUCUAAAUGUGAAUACCUGAAAAUCACAGAUUGCUUUCCCAAAGGAGUGUGGGGGGGGGGGGGGGGGGGGGGGGGGGGGGGGCUUUGUGGGCGGGUUAGGCCUUGCAAGGCCCCUGCUCCACAGAGAGCUGAGGUGGGGGGUUGGAUAAGGACUCACCCCUGCUCUAUCUCUGUGUAGCAGGGUCACGUGUGCCCAAGAUAUCCAGACUGCCAUGCAGUGGACCAUGGCAAAUCCUUGUUUUCCUUGUCUUUUUUAUAACGCUAAAGAGAGUGAGAUACAAAUGUGCACUCUCUUAUCUCCUCUCUGCUGUGCCAGCCUGGUUGUGUGUCAUGGCAGAGUCAGAGAUGAUGGGGGAUGGGUGGCAGAAAAAGUGUUAGUGGGGUGGAGGGAGGGAUGGGGGGUGUUACGUAUCUUUUGUAAGCAGAUUGCCUCUGUUGUUGUGGUCUAGUGUGUCAUGCCAGGCCAGAGAGAAUGGACACGAGGGCAACAGAUGUGCCUGUUAGAGGGACUCUGGGGUCUUUGGGGAGGGGCUGAUGGCUAACUGAACACUGGUUGCUUACAGUGGGGGGGGGGGGGGGAGGGGGGGGGGUGAACAGUGAGGACGUGAGUGAAUGUAAGGAUUUUCUCUGUAGAUGUGAUCAUAAUUCUUCACCAAUUGACGCAAGUACAAACAAGGCAGUGAAUGCCUGCCACAUGAGGCUAAAUGCCUCUCCAGUCUCACCCACAUCAGAACUCACACAGGGUCCUCAGAGUUCAUUCAACUGUCCCAACCAAAAAUGGGUUGUCUGAGGGGAAUUCUUGAAUUCAAUUGAACAUUUCUUUUUUUUCUUCCUCUACACAUUAGUAGCCCUGUGUAGACUAGUUGUUUUUAAGCUCAUUGGGAUAUGGGAAGGCCCAAGGCCUCUAGUUUACAGGCCAGUUCUACGUUGACUCUGUAGCACUCAUCCUUGUAAAGCUACUUCCUCUGCUCUGUGCACCUCAAACAGUGGCCAUUUUGUGUAAAGCUCUGCUCGUGUCAUCACAGAUAUAAACUGCCAGAGAAGCACUACAUUUUUAGUGAUUGUUGAUUGUGUGCAUUUCGUAUGCGUGAUGGUGUGUUUUGUCUUCAGCUCGACUCAUAUUUGUCUGUAUUUGUUUGCUUGUUUUCUCUUCCCCUCCUUUGCACCGCUCUGGCCUCGCUCACCUAUUUAUAGCUGCUUCAUUUAAAUGCCUGGUUUGACGUUUCUAUAAUACUUGGUUCAAGAGAAUCCUAUCUCCUUUGUAAGUAGGUAAGAGAAAUUGCAUAUCUGACUCUCAAUUCACAAUAAUCCUUUUUGGUAGUAUUUUAUUUUACAGUACUGUUUCCACUGGUGUUUAAUUGGAAAUUACUGUAUGCUUCUUAAUUCAAAUAAUUCAUCACAAUUAAUAACUAGCCCCCUACCUGUUUCCAAAUAGUGCCUAGCAGUGAUUAAUUGCAUGAAUCAGAAAGUAAUUAAUAGGUACUAAAUGUGUAAUAAGUGACCAUGGCACGGCAGAUCUUAAAAUGCACAUUUAACUUUGAAAAAAUUAUGAGCAAAAGCCUAACCUUCUGUGUCAAACCUAGAUUCGAUUUUCUAAGCUUUUUGCAUCGUAAUCUGUAGAGGGGGGUCCUACUCUUAACCACCUUGGUUUAGCGCUACACAAAGCAUGCUUCAUUAUGUGAAUGGCACAUCAACCACCAUUACGUUAGAGUUCUCUUUUUAAUGGGAUUUAUGUUAAUACACUUUCAUGGACAAAACCAAAACCAAACGUGAUCCAACACCCCAGAAUAAAAUAAACGGCUAACCUAAUUCAUUUUGAACAGACAUUGACAUUAGGUGAGCUUGGAGACGUGCAUAAUUUCAUGCUGUGCUCCAUAAGUGUUGUGUUAGUGGGAAUGUUAGUAAUCUGGUGACAGGUUAUCUUUAGACGAUCGUCUGGGGUUGCUGGGGUUUGCUGAGGCAACAUUGCUCGUAAAUUGUGAUUUAUUGCCUCUCAACCACAAAGAACAACUCCAAAACCCUCUUCUAAAACCUCUACCCGUUCACUCAGUCACGUUCAAAAUAGUUACACCGUUUUAAUGCAGGGGGAAUCUCUGCAUUGCAGCAGAAAAUGUUUUUAAGGAAGAGGGAAGCCUGCACACAGGGAGCCAUGUGGCAUAGCACAGCCGACCAAUCCUGUCCCACCCUGCAGACCCUCCAGCCAAUUACAGCAGCAGCCGAGGUUAAAGCUUGAAAAUUGCUGUGAGAGCGGCAGCACAGGGAAAGCAGGGGCCUUCUGGAACAUUCCACAGCCGUCUUUGUUUCAUCCCCUCCAGCCCAAUGUAAAAACCAGGCUGAAUGAUUUUCUUACAUAUUCUGUGCUAUAACACAAGGUAUGCUACCACACUUCAAUUAACUCUGUUGAAGAAUAUGUUAUUGGGUAAAAAAAUUCAGACAAAAUUGAAUCAUGUGUAUAAUGAAUCUUAUAGUAUGAAAAAGUAGGCAAAAGCCUGGCACCUAUUUCUGCACGACUGUACCUAAAACUAGUUGUUUCAUAUUGUCUUGAGCGAACAGUACAUUUAACCUUGAUGGUAUUGUUUGAAUCUUGUUAUGUCUCUCAGAGUCAGUCUUCUCUCUGGAGGUCAGGGGCUGCAGGUUGACGAGGGUGCCAGGUUGUUUCUCUAUCAACAAUACUGGUUGUCAGUGGAUUCAAGGACACAUUACCAACACAAAGCAUACAACAAAACCACCCUGCUUUUAUGGUACCACUUACAGAGCAGGUUUUUAAUCAGGAAACCAGACCAUCUCUCUGUACGAGACACCACUGUGUUGCAUGAGACCAAAACACUGUAUUCUCCUCAGGGAUAGAGCAUAGGUUUGUCAGAUCUGUCUUUACUCUCAUACAGUGUCGUCGUCCCCCCCCCCCCCCCCCCCCUCUUUCUCUCAGUCUCUCUCUUAUUAUUAAGCGUCAUUAUUCUUCGACAGCAGUGCGCUCAGUGAAGGUCGAGACUGAAGACGACGGAGGAGGGGGGGGGGUAAAAUGGAUAAGAAUGAUCUCCAAUUAGCUGGAUUUAUCUUCUCUCUCUCCAUCUCUCUCUCCUCUCGUCUAUGUCUCCCUCUCUCUGUACUCUGCUGCGAACGUGUUUCAGCUUAACUGUGUUUGGAUGUUGAACUGUAAUCUCCACGGAUCUCCUGGUCCUCCUGUGUGUGUGUGUGUGUGUAUGUGUGUGUGUGUGUGUGCCUGUGACUGGAGCCUCGGUCUGUGUGGGGGAUGGGAGAGGGGGGAGGGGAGCCGGCUGUGGCCUCCAUUUUCUGUGACGAGAGAACCCUGCUCUGCCUCUGCUCGCCUGUCUCUCUGAGGAGCCAGUGGAAUCUCAAGGCACAGAGUCAGUGUGUGUUUUUUCUUCUGUCAGGCAUUCCUCCUUGCAGAGGGUGGGUGUUUGUCAAUGUUAUUCUGAAUUUUGCUCAUCUGGAAUAUUCCCAGAUCCUGAAGAUUUUUCUGCUAUCUGUUCUUGUGUGAUUCUGGCAUGUUUCUGGAAUGCUGCUCCUGGUCUGAAAUGCCCUCUGGAAGAACAUAGUUUCUCUCUCAACUGUUCAUCCUAUCUGCCUAGUCAGAAGCUACAGGAUCAGGUGGAUAUUAUGUCACGCUGGCUGCUCGGUGGGCCCAUUUUGGAGUGAAUAAAGAGUGGAAACCUUGGCUGCAUGCUAACAGGACUCUGUCAUCUCACAGUGCUCUCGCUGCUAGCACACGGAGCACAGAGAGUUGGCUAACAUUUGCUCUCUUUCAUUUUGUUUGUUCGCUCUCUGUCCAGAACAGGAAGGCCCUGAAGGGGGUUAGUCUGUCAGCAGUGUGUCUAAACAAGAAAAGGCUCAUAUGCUGGAUGAUUUGUAUUUAGCUUCCCUUUGUAUCUUUUUGAUCUUCUCUCAUUAUCCAGAUUACAUUAGGGAUUAUUUUAUGCUACAGUUGUUUUGAUAAUGGUGAUUUAGCCUGGUGAUCAUUGAUUGUGACUUUUCCCAUGUGGACGUUGGGUUUAUGAAUGAUCAAUGUUAUGGACUUGGUUUGAUGAGCAGGACAUCAAGGUUUACAGUCUGUUAAUGGGGGUGGUGUUAUUGGUUUAGUAUAUUUAGUUAAUGGCCUCUUUUACAGUGGUAGUCAUGCUUGGGCUCAUCAAUGGCUGCCCUCAGCUGUGGCUCUGGAGCAUUUACAUUUUAGUCAUUUAGCAGACGCUCUUAUCCAGAGCGACUUACAGGAGCAAUUAGGGUUAAGUGCCUUGCUCAAGGGCACAUCGGCAGAUUUUUCACCUAGUCGGCUCGGGGAUUAGAACCAGCGACCUUUCGGUUACUGGCACAACGCUCUUAACCACUAAGCUACCUGCCGCCCCAGCAUUGUGUUGUCUCCUUUUUCUACUCUGUCCUAUUUUCUUUUAGAUCAAUGGAUGUGAAUUCUUAAGACUAGAUCAACUCUAUAAUCUCAUUCAAAACUUUGUCUGCAAUGUUCCUCUUAGAACAUUCCCACGUGACCACUUCUUGAACCUUGUCAAAGGCUGUUUUUCUAUCUAGCUAGUGCUGGAUAUUUGCCUGUUAGGCUACCUGUAACUAGACGUUCUUUGCCCCCUGCCACAUCCACCUCUAUCAGGAGCCACCAGGGCAGGGCUAAGAGCCUGAACUGGUUCAGCGUGUGUCCUGUGGUGGAUCCAUUCCUGAGGAGGAUUUUCUUUAAGCGGACGAUGAAUGGGACGACAUCCUUGGAACGAGGCUCUCAGUGGCCCUGACAAAGGAGGGGCUGAACUCUCAAAGAACCCCAUUCAUCACCAAGGAUCCCCCUUCUCCUCCUUUUUCUUCCUGAGAGGAAAUGAGAUGAGCGGAACCAGAGACACAAAAAGCUACAGGCUUUGAUUUCAGCAUUUCUGUGAAUGAAAGAAGCUCUAGGUUUUUCUGAUUUAUUUUUUGCACAAUAUUUUUUUAUAUUGAUAGGAUUUGCUGUGGAAAUCUGAUUUAUUGUUUGGGCUGUUCAGAACAUGAUGUUUAGGCUAGUUAACAGACCUAUGUAACAGGUAAAAACAUGUAGCUAGCUAGUCAGACCAAGGUUGACUCCAUAAAGCUUACUAAAGUGAUCUGGUGCAGUGGGUUUCUAGGAAUAGGCUAAACAGCCUUUGGGGACACCUGUUGUUAGAGCUGGGGUUUGAGUGGCUACCAGGAAGCACCUUCUCUUUACACUCUCUCAUCCAUAACUGUCUGAGCAAUCUUCUGUGAUUCACCGUCCAUUUUGAAGGUGCAAAUCCUUGUGUGACGUAGCCUAUGCAAUUGUUUGUGUUUUUGGAAUCAUUGUUUUCAAGGCAUUCCGCUUUUAAAUGGACUUGCGUUGUACAGAAAGCGCUUCUUGGAUGUAGGUAGGUGGGCAAAGUGAGAUGCAAACAAACUCGUCAAUGCAUGGCCCUCAUCAGAACUGAAACCCUUGUCUCUCCAUUGUCUCCUGGAGGACAGGAGCACACAGCCUACUCUGUUGGAUGGCCUUAUUUGUUGUGCUGAAGCACAAGUUGUGGCCCAGCUGAAUAAAGAGGACUUGUUGCCAUGGAGAUUCUCUCCAGUGGCACCCCAUGGAACACAACCACCCAAGUUUAUCUGACUGUGAUUACCAAUGAUUAUAGACACUCAUAGGAAGACAUGAUGAUCAUGAAGACCAUGGUUCUGAAGUACAUUUUGUGACACGUCGGUUGCACCUUAGAUUUGGUAACCUAACAUUAUUAACCUAUUGAUGUUUCUCAAUAAAGCAUGCAUGAGGUAACAGCAAUGGAAACUCUGGUGACUAUGUCCUCUGGGGCCCUGCCUUAGGUGAUGUUCCACUUGUUUACUGUGUGGCGGGAUUUGUUUUGUGAACACCGUUUGUGACUGACUCUCCCUUUCUUUUUGUCUCUGUACCCUCGUUCUGUGCAGUCUGGCUGAGGAGGAGGUAAAGACCGAGUCCGAUGUGGUAGAGGGGAUGGAUGUGUCCAUGCGAUCCAAAGGUAAGAACAAUGCCUCGCAUACUAAGACAAAUGUUACUGUGUUUUGAGAAGACCACUUAUUCUAAUAUGCUUCUAGUAUUGAUCUUACAUUUUAAACAUGUUUUGUUGUGGAUCUCAUGCCAUUGAAUUAAUAUCAUAUCACUCUAAUGUAGCAACACUACCUCUGGGGUUGGUGAAGGAGGCAUCCUUCACACGUGAUCACUUGUCACAGGGCCCGACCACACUUCUCUUGGAAUGUGGUUGUCAUGUUGGCGUAGCAAGGAAGAUCAGAUGUUAACUUAUCAUAUGAAAUUCGUUGCCAGAUUGGGAAACCAAGCAGUAAGGUUUGGUGGCCAAAAUCUCUUAUCUGGUCGGUAUCCCUGGGCAACCACUACUGUAUUUAGCCUCUCAAUGAUGGGGUUCUGCUAACAAAAGAAAGCUCUAGGCUUAACACUGCCUUUGACCUUCACAAUGACACUUAUCCCCGUCUGAGGAAAGAUUAGUUGAGUAGUACUGAAGAAGCUGGAGCCGGUCAUUGUUGUGUAGAGUGGCCUGAGACGGGAAGUGUCUCUGCCUCUCUAGCCUUUCAUGCCAGGCUUCUAGUCUCUCCUUCUAAGCCUCGUGCACCUCCGUCACUCGGUCGCGUCGUUGCCAUUGUUAUCAAUGUUCUACCGAUGCGGCAGCCAUAUUGAUGCUCAAAAGUAGAAAUGGGGCUAGUGACUGUUUCGUCUAAAUUACACUAUAGGGGCUUGAGAAUACGAUGACAUUGUUAAAGUAUGCACAUAUUUAGUAGGAAUCAACUUUGCCAUCAUCAUGUUGUCAAAUUUACUUUAGACAGGUGGCAAUGUUGUCAUUAGCUAGCAAAGUUCGUCAAAAAUAGCUAGCAAUGCUAACGUUAGCUAGCUAAAAUCUGUGUCUCCCCUCAGUCUUAGCUAGCUAACGUUAUACUGCAUCCACAGUCAGUCUGGCGACAUCAAAAUGAUGACAAAAGGUUUUCCUACUAAUUGUUUGCCGCCUUUAGAAAUGUCAAUGGGUUUUCAAGCCACAGUAAUGCACUUUAGACCAAAUCUUAAUCAGCGCCCAAUGAGGAUGCAUUGAGUAGAAUGCUCAGUUGGGCAGCAGUCCUAAAACGAACGUUCAAAAUAAUAUCGUGACGCAACGUGAAACUCAUGAAUAAGCUGCUACUCUUGUUCCGUGUUGUAUGUAUGGUGACCUGGUCUCCCCUCUACUCCGGCAACUAGUGUCUGACCCUGGGUCAGUAGAGCGGUCGCUGGUGGCUCAGAAGAGGAAGGUGUCCAGCCCCACCCACUCCUCCAACGGCCACUCCCCCUCAGACACCUCCCCCAGCCCCCUGAAGAAGAAGAAGAAACCUGGAGCCGUCCAUAGCAACAACAAAGACCAGGUGGGGGGGGGGGUACAGUGCCUUGCAAAAGUAUUCAUCCCCCUUGGCGUUUUUCCUAUUUUGUUGCAUUACAACCUGUAAUUUAAAUGGAUUUAUAUUUGGAUUUCAUGUAAUGGAUAUACACAAAAUAGUCCAAAUUGGUGAAGUGAAAUGAAAAUUCUAAAAAAUAAAUAUCUGAAAAAUGGUGCGUGCAUAUGUAUUUACCCCCUUUGCUAUGAAGCCCCUAAAUAAGAUCUGGUGUAACAAAUUACCUUCAGAAGUCACAUAAUUAGUUAGAUUGCACACAGGUGGACUUUAUUUAAGUGUCACAUGAUCUCAGUAUAUAUACACCUGUUCUGAAAGGCCCCAGAGUCUGCAACACCACUAAGCAAGGGGCACCACCAAGCAAGCAGCACCAUGAAGACCAAGGAGCUCUCCAAACAGGUCAGGGACAAAGUUGUGGAGAAGUACAGAUCAGGGUUGGGUUAUAAAAAAAUAUCAGAAACUUUGAACAUCCCACGGAGCACCAUUAAAUCCAUUAUGAAAAAAUUGAAAGAAUAUGGCACUUUUACAUUACAUUUUAGUCAUUUAGCAGACGCUCACACCUGCCAAGAGAGGGUCGCCCACCAAAACUCACGGACCAGGCAAGGAGGGCAUUAAUCAGAGAGGCAACAAAGAGACCAAAGAUAACCCUGAAGGAGCUGCAAAACUCCACAGCGGAGAUUGGAGUAUCUGUCCAUAGGACCACUUUACACUCCACAGAGCUGGGCUUUACGGAAGAGUGGCCAGAAAAAAGCCAUUGCUUAAAGAAAAAAAUAAGCAAACACGUUUGGUGUUCGCCAAAAGGCAUUCGGGAGACUCCCCAAACAUAUGGAAGAAGGUACUCUGGUCAGAUGAGACUAAAAUGUAGCUUUUUGGCCAUCAAGGAAAACGCUAUGUCUGGCGCAAACCUAACACCUCUCAUCACCCCGAGAACACCAUCCCCACAGUGAAGCAUGGUGGUGGCAGCAUCAUGCUGUGGGGAUAUUUUUCAUCAGCAGGGACUGGGAAACUGGUCAGAAUUGAAGGAAUGAUGGAUGGCGCUAAAUACAGGGGAAUUCUUGAGGUAUACCUGUUUCAGUCUUCCAGAGAUUUGAGACUGGGACGGAGGUUCACCUUCCAGCAGGACAAUGACCCUAAGCAUACUGCUAAAGCAAAACUCGAGUGGUUUAAGGGGAAACAUUUAAAUGUCUUGGAAUGGCCUAGUCAAAGCCCAGACUUCAAUCCAAUUGAGAAUCUGUGGUAUGACUUAAAGAUUGCUGUACACCAGCGGAACCCAUCCAACUUGAAGGAGCUGGAGCAGUUUUGCCUUGAAGAAUGGGCAAAAAUCCCAGUGGCUAGAUGUGCCAAGCUUAUAGAGACAUACCCCAAGAGGCUUGCAGCUGUAAUUUCUGCAGAAGGUGUCUCUACAAAGUAUUGACUUUGGGGGUGUGAAUAGUUAUGCACGCUCAAGUUUUCUGUUUUUCUGUCUUCUUUCUUGUUUGUUCCACAAGAUAAAAUAUUUUGCAUCUUCAAAUUGGUAGGCAUGUUGUGUAAAUCAAAUGAUACAAACCCCCAAAAAAUCCAUUUUAAUUCCAGGUUGUAAGGCAACAAAAUAGGAAAAAUGCCACUGUAUGUUUUUGUAUUUGAACACAGGUAUGUUUGAAUGCAGGUGUGUGUGUGUGCGCGAAGGGGUGUGUGUGUGUGCGCAGGGGUGUGUGUAUGCGCCUGUUACGGCUGGGUGAUAUAUCAAAUUAGAUUCAUUCAAAUUUAUGUUUUUGUGCGAUAUUCCAAAUGCCUAUAUCGCAGAAUCAAGGUUUUUAAUAUGAGCGUUUAUGUCCGCUUGUUCUCAUGUUGUCUUUUUGGUCUCGUCUCGUUCGCUCCUUCUGUGCUGUUCACCUUCCCACUUAGACCAGAGAUCUGUAUAUAAUGACGAGAUGCUCAUGUCUCCGCCCUAACAAUGGGAGUCGUUGUCCCAAAGGCGGGAAGGCAGGCGACAAGCUUAGGUUCAAAAUAAGCGCAUGGAAACGCAUUGGACUUAUUUUGGACAGAUUUUGGCGAGAGUGAAACCUCUCGCUUCGUCUCUUUCUCCCAAGCCCCUCCCCUACCACUCACAACAAAAAAGAUGAGAGAUCACUUCUUCCUCUCUGACAAACGGUUUCAACUCGGUAGUUAUAUGGACACUGAAACACAUGGAGACAUUAUUUUACUGUAUAGAGAAGUUAACCUUGCGAACCAUACACUGUUUGUUUCAACUCCUCAAAUUUCAGACACUACUAAAACGGAUGUACCGAUGAACAUUCAUUCUGGAAAAUUAAUGCCCAGUUUAUCGCGCACGCAUUACGGUACCACAUAUUGCUAGCAUAAGUUUUGUCAAAUAAAGAUUCUUAUACUAUCUGUUUAGUCUGUGUUUUAUAAAUGUGCAAUAAGCAUAAAACAAUUGUAUAAGGAAUUGGCAACUCGUUCUCAUUCUGAGAAAUAAGGUAGGCCACUUGAUUUCAACAUCUGAACAAAGUGGACAGGCUAGCAUGCUGUUCAAACAGUUGGAGACGGACAGAAGGUUGUGUUCAUAACAGUUGAACUGUUUAGUCUUUUUAGCUGAAUUCAGAGCUUGUGAAAUUAUACCUAGAUCCAAUUUGGCUAAACUUGAAAUAUAAAUAUUAGCUGGCUUCUCACUAGUACGAGAGAUUGUUUAUGAGACCGGUGUUACUUUUCUAUAAUGCCUGCUACAUUAUUAGUGAAUGUGCAUUAUGCAUGGUUCUGGUUAAAUGUGUAACAAAAUUAGCAUUUUUAUAGACAGACCUGAAAGCCAGGUCAGUGAUUAUUGCAAAAAAAGCAGGCACAACUAUUUUAAUUAAAUUAUUAGUGGGUCUUAUGGUUAUGGAAGGCAUACAGUUGAAGUCGGAAGUUUACAUACACUUAGGUUGGAGUCAUUAAAACUUGUUUUUCAACCACUCCACAAAUGUCUUGUUAACAAACUAUAGUUUUGGCAAGUCAGUUAGGACAUCUACUUGGUGCAUGACACAAGUAAUCUUUCCAACAAUUUUUUACAGACAGAUUAUUUCACUUAUAAUUCACUGUAUCACAAUUCCAGUGGGUCAGAAGUUUACAUACACUAAGUUGACGGUGCCUUUAAAAAGCUUGGGAAAUUCCAGAAAAUGAUGUCAUGGCUUUAGAAGCUUCUGAUGGGCUAAUUGACAUCAUUUGAGUCAAUUGGAGGUGUACCUGUGGAUGUAUUUCAAGGCCUACCUUCAAACUCAGUGCCUCUUUGCUUGACUUCAUGGGAAAAUCAAAAUAAAUCGAUCAAGACCUCAGAAAGAAAUCUGUAGUCUGGUUCAUCCUUGGGAGCAAUUUCUAAACGCCUGAAGGUACCACGUUCAUCUGUACAAACAAUAGUACGCAAGUAUAAACACCAUGGGACCACGCAGCCGUCAUACCGCUCAGGAAGGAGACACGUUCUGUCUCCUAGAGAUGAACGUACUUUGGAAAAGUGCAAAUCAAUCCCAGAACAACAGCAAAGGACCUUGUGAAGAUGCUGGAGGAAACAGGUACAAAAUUAUCUAUAUCCACGGUAAAACGAGUCCUAUAUCGACAUAACCUGAAAGGUCGCUCAGCAAGGAAGAAGCCACUGCUCCAAAACCACCAUUAAAAAAGCCAGACUAUGGUUUGCAACUGCACAUGGGGACAUAGAUCAUACUUUUUGGAGAAAUGUCCUCUGGUCUGAUGAAACAAAAAUAGAACUGUUUGGCCAUUAUGACCAUUGUUAUGUUUGGAGGAAAAAGGGGGAUGUUUGCAAGCCGAAGAACACCAUCCCAACUGUGAAGCACGGGGGUGGCAGCAUCAUGCUGUGGGGGUGCUUUGCUGCAGGAGGGACUGGUGCACUUCACAAAAUAGAUGGCAUCAUGAGGAAGGAAAAUGAUGUGGUUAUAUUGAAGCAACAUCUCAAGACCUCAGUCAGGUAGUUAAAGCUUGGUCGCAAAUGGGUCUUCCAAAUGGACAAUGACCCCAAGCAUACUUCCAAAGUUGUGGCAAAAUGGCUUAAGGACAACAAAGUCAAGGUAUUGGAGUGGCCAUCACAAAGCCCUGACCUCAAUCCUAUAGAACAUUUGUGGGCAGAACUGAAAAAGCGUGUGCGAGCAAGGAGGACUACAAACCUGACUCAGUUACACCAGUUGUGUCAGGAGGAAUGGGCCAAAAUUCACCCAAUUUAUUGUGGGAAGCUUGUGGAAAGCUACCCAAAACGUUUGACCCAAGUUAAACAAUUUAAAGGCAAUGCUACCAAAUACUAAUUGAGUGUAUGUACAUUUCUGACCCACUGGGAAUGUGAUGAAAGAAAUAAAAGCUGAAAUAAAUAAUUCUCUCUACUAUUAUUCUGACAUUUCACAUUCUUAAAAUAAAGUGGUGAUCCUAACUGACCUAAGACAGGGAAUUUUUACUAGGAUUAAAUGUCAGGAAUUGUGAAAAACUGAGUUUAAAUGUAUUUGGCUAAGGUGUAUGUAAACCUCCGACUUCAACUGUAUAUUCAGCCUAGGUAUAAUUUCACAAGCUCUGAAUUCAUUAGAUUAUUGCUGACCUUUUAAUUGUACAACAAAGCUUAUUUAGAGAACAUUAAACAAAUUGAGAUACAGUACCAGUCAAAUGUUUGGACACCUACUCAUUCAAGGGUUUUUCUUUAUUUUUACUAUUUUCUACAUUGUAGAAUAAUAGUGAAGAGAUCAAAACUAUGAAACAACACACAUGGAAUCAUGUAGUAACCAAAAAAGUGUUAUAUAUUACAUUUGAGAUUCUUCAAAUAGCCACCCUUUGCCUUGAUGACAGCUUUGCACAGUCCUGGCAUUCUCUCAUCCAGCUUCACCUGGAAGGCUUUUCCAACAGUCUUGAAGGAGUUCCCACAUAUGCUGAGCACUUAUUGGCUGCUUUUCCUUCACUCUGCGGUCCAACUCAUCCCAAACCGUCUCAAUUAGGUUGAGGUCGAGUGACUGUGGAGGCAAGGUCAUCUGAUUCAGCACUCCAUCACUCUCCUUCUUGGUCAAAUACACAGCCUGGAGGUGACAGUGUCUGUUGAAAAAGAAAUGAUAGAUAAAUCACAGACAGUGUCACCAGCAAAGCACCCCCACACCAUCACACCACCUCCUCCAUGCUUCAGGAUGGGAACCAUACAUGCGGAGAUCCUCCGUUCACCUACUCUGCGUCUCACAAAGACAGGCCGGUUGGAACCAAAAACCAAAAAUUUGGACUCAUCAGACCAAAUGACAGAUUUCCACCGGUCUAAUGUCCAUUGCUCGUAUUUCUUGGCCCAAGUAAGUCUCUUCUUCUUAUUGGUGUCCUUUAGUAGUGGUUUCUUUGCAGCAAUUCAACCAUGAAGGCCUGAUUCACACAGUAUCCUCUGAACAGUUGAUGUUGAGAUGUGUCUGUUACUAGAACUCUGUGAAGCAUUUAUUUGGGCUGCAAUUUCUGAGGCUGGUAACUCUAAUGAACUUAUCCUCUGCAGCAGAGGUAACUCUGGAUCUUCCUUUCUUGUGGCGGUCCUCAUGAGAGCCAGUUUCAUCAUAGCGCUUGAUGGUUUUUGGAACUUCACUUGAAGAAACUUUAAAAGUUCUUGAAAUAUUCCGAAUUGACUGACCUUCAUGUCUGUCAUUUCUCUUUGCUUAUUUGAGCUGUUCUUGCCAUAAUAUGGACUUGGUCUUUUACCAAAUAGGGCUAUCUUCUGUAUAGCACCCCUACCUUGUCACAACACAACUGAUUGGCUCAAACGCAUUAAGAAGGAAAGAAAUUCCACAAAUGAACUUUUAACAAGGCACACCUGUUAAUUGAAAUGCAUUUCGGGUGACUACCUCAUGAAGCUGGUUGAGAGAAUGCCAAGAGCGUGCAAAGCUGUCAUCAAGGCAAAGGGUGACUACUUUGAAGAAUCUUUGUUUAACACUUUUUUGGUUACUACAUGAUUCCAUAUGUGUUAUUUCAUAGUUUUGAUGUCUUCACUAUUAUAGUACAAAUAAAGAAAAACCCUUGAAUGAGUAGGAGUGUCCAAACUUUUGACUGGUACUGUAUAUAUCGUGAAUCGCCUGUAAGAUAUGAGUUUUAGGCCAUAUCACACAGCGCUAGCGUCUGUGCACAACUUAUUUUGCCUCCAGGUUUAAAUGAAAGACUCUGCUGCAUGUUCUAUAGAUGCAUUAGUUCAUUUCAAAAACAAAUGUUUGUAUCAUGUAUUGAUGAUUACAUUUUAAAAUAAUUGCUCUGAUAAUUGAUAAUCAUAACUGUUUAUAGUGGAAUACCUUUUAACAUUUUUGGAAAAAUAGAUAUUAAUGCAUAUCAUUGUAUGCUUGCCAAAUAUUUUAUAUUUUUGCACAUUUAUUCCCAUUUCUUGUGAAUGCUUUGUUUUACAUGCAUGACAUAAUUAAACCCCAAGCCAAAACCUUUGAAUUCAGUUCCACUGACAAAAGACAAAGUUGCAUGUUCUGAACAGUCACAUAGAUAUGUGCUGACUAGGAUUGUCUUGUUCACUGAUUGGCUGAUGUGGGUUAAUGAGGUGUCAAUCAUGAUAUCCAACACAAGACUGAUUUAUUGGUCCACCAGGGAAAGUCACCAAUCAAAUUGCACUUAGUCUGUGACGACAUAAAAAGAUGACAAAAACACAAACUUCUGGUUUGGCAUUACAAUCUUAUAGACAGACCUACAUUGAUAUUGACGAGAUCAACCAAAACAGUCUUGUGUUUGGUGCCUGCCUAAUUGUGCCUUAUGUAUUGCUUAUUACUCUGCCUUACUUGCCACUGUGUGAUUCUCUCUGUGUUCUGUUGCACUGCACCUUUUUGUGUUUUGUUUUCUGCGUGUGUUUUGAAACCCGCCCCCUUUUUCUCUUGCCUGCAUUUCAGUCAGAGCUAAGACAUGGUCCCUUUUACUAUGUGAAGCAACCAUCACUCACCACAGACCCUGUUGAUGUUGUACCGCAGGACGGCAGGAAUGACUUCUACUGCUGGCUGUGCCACCGCGAGGGCCAGGUGCUCUGCUGUGAGCUCUGCCCGAGGGUGUACCAUGCCAAGUGCCUCAAACUGCCAGCAGAGCCCGAGGGCGACUGGUUCUGUCCAGAGUGUGAGGUACUCGCUUGUGUGUGUGCGGUGCGUGUGGGUGUGUAGGUGUAUAUACAUGCGCACGUUGUGUGGGAGUGUUCCAGGCACAUUUUCGCUUUACCACUAGCUUAAUAUCCGCUUGCUCUUUGGGUUUUCAGGUGAUGGGAUUGGAGGGAGGCUUGGGUCAACUUCAAUUUUGCAUUUCAGUUAAAUAAUGUAAAAAUCCUUAUACCAUACUUCCGGAGUCAGUUCCCUAAUCUGUUGAGUGGGCUUGACGAUUAUAUCAUCAAAUUUGUGAAAACGCGGUCAUUUAAGAUAUGUAUAAAAUUAUGUUUGUCUUUGCGCUGAAGACUAUUGCGCUACAUUUUCCCCCAUUUGAAGACCAUUGAAAAAGCCUACAAAAACUACAAGGCUUCUUCCUGGAAAUAGCGUAGUCACUUUCAUAGCGUAUUCUAUAAUAAGGAUAAUACACAUGCCACUUUUAAAUCUCAAAUUGAAAUGGAAUCGAGCCCAAGCCUGUUUGGAGGGCAAACUUAAAGUGGGCAGGAUCUAUAUCUUCCCUCUCUAGAUGGAUUUUGCUGCUGUGAGGACUAGUACUUCAGUCUCCUAUAGAUUACAACACAGAUGCAUAGUUAAUAGCCAGCCCAGCAGACUAAUGUGAGUGGGUGUGUGUUAGCCCAGUCCCUGUGCUUGGUAUACUUUCCUUUUGGUUUUACCAGCUACUAUUUGCCAUUGAUACAUGACUUUUUUUUUUUUUUUUUUUCAGAAAAUCACAGUAGCAGAGUGCAUAGAGACACAGAGCAAGGCCAUGACCAUGCUAACGAUAGAUCAGCUCUCAUACCUGCUGAAGUUUGCCCUCCAGAAGAUGAAACAGCCAGGGGUAAGUUCAAAUAAAACAUUUCAAUCAAAUUUUAUUUGUCACAUUCUUCGUGAUCAACCGGUGUAGACUAACAGUGAAAUUGUUACUUACGUGUCCUUUUCCAACAAUGCAGAGUUAAAGAUAACAUAUAUAUAUAUAUUUUUUUUAAUAGUGACACAAGGAAUAAAUAUACAGUGAAAAACGAAUAACAAUAGCUAGUAUAAAUAACAUGGCUAUAUACAGGGAGGACCAGUACCGAGUCCUUCAUUGACAUUGAUAGUUCUUCUGACAUCCUCCAGGUGCCCACUGUGAGCCAGAGAGGGCUGUCGGUUAAAUGAUGUGUUUGUUUAUGAGAACUGAUGCCUGUGACUGUUUCCUCCCUGGGCAGACUGAGCCCUUCUGGAAGCCUGUGUCUCUGGAGCAGCACCCUGACUAUGCCGAGUACAUAUUCCACCCUAUGGACCUCGCAACACUGGAGAAGGUACCAUUUACAUUCACAUUUUGUCAUUUCGCAGACGCUUUUAUCUAGAGCGACUACAUGCCAUAAGUGAAUUCAACUGAAGUCGAAAUGGUGUUUUCUAAUAAUGUACGUUUUUCUCUGCUAUAUUUGUAGAAUAUGAAAAAGAAAAUGUAUGGCUGCACGGAAGCCUUCUUGGCUGACGUGAAAUGGAUCUUGCACAACUGCAUCAUCUACAAUGGUGGUAGGUCACAGACAUCUGCUUAACACCGUUUCCUUUCUGUACUGCUACUUGCUUUGGAGAUAAACAACUUGGCUUUUACGAACAUGUUUUAUGUCUUUUGGUUUUGUUCCAGGUAAUCACAAACUAACAGCAACAGCAAAGGUCGUCGUGAAGAUCUGUGAACAUGAAGUGAGUAGCAUUUUUACAUGAUGACUGAAAUGCCAGCCGGGGGUGUGUUUUGUUUUCUCCCUGUAAAAUGGCCAUUUCAGUGAUGUGGAAACUGCUGUCUGUUUCAGAUGAAUGAAAUCGAGGUCUGUCCAGAGUGCUACCUGUCCUCGUGCCAAAAGAGGGACAACUGGUUUUGCGAGCCAUGUGUAAGACAAACGUUUCCUCACCUUCUUUUGCAAUUAACAUUUUAAUAGAUUUUCAUUUUUGUCCUUCCACAUACUAUGUGACUUGAGUCACAAUUAGGUUUGUCCUGAAGACAACUGUAGAUUAGCCUAAAUGUCAUAUUUCAAAUCUCAAAAACACUCUUUAGAGCAAAGGAAAUCUUAUUCCACUGUCUGUUUUUAUGCUGUCUUAUCUGACUUUUCCCCUGGUCUGCCUCCCCUCUUAGGGUCACACCCACCCCCUGGUAUGGGCAAAGCUGAAGGGCUUUCCCUUCUGGCCAGCCAAAGCACUGCGGGAGAAAGACGGACAGGUGGACGCACGCUUCUUCGGACAGCAUGACAGGUGAGCCUUGCUGUUGGAUGAAAGUAAGAGGAUGGAAGCGACUUUUCAUCGUUUUUACUUGGACUCCCCUGAAGUGAGUCAUAGUUCUAUGCUUAUCCUACUCCUAACAAGUCUCUCUGUGUUUUUUCUCCGUAGGGCGUGGGUUCCCCUCAACAACUGCUACCUCAUGUCCAAGGAGAUUCCCUUCUCUGUGAAGAAGACCAAGAGCAUUUUCAACAGCGCCAUGCAGGAGAUGGAGGUCUACGUGGAAAACAUCCGCAAGAAGUUUGGUGUGUUCAACUACGCCCCCUUCCGCACCCCCUUCACGCCCAACAACCAGCUCCAGAUGCUGCUGGAUCCAGCCAACCCCGGGGCAGGGGCCGUGAAGAUGGAGAAACCCGACAAGAUGCGCUUCAACUUCGACAUGACCGCAUCUCCCAAGAUGCUCCUGGGCAAGAGCUCUCUGUCGAGCGGGAUGGGGCGGAGGAUCUCUCUGACGGACAUGCCUCGCUCUCCCAUGAGCACCAACUCCUCUGUACACACGGGGUCUGACGUGGAGCAGGAUGGGAUGGAGAGAGGGCCCAGGAACCCCCCAUUCCACUACAGUGCUGGGGAGGAGUCUAUGGACUACACCGGUAAUUAACAUGCUCCUGACUCUUAACACGUCAUACGACUAACUAACACAGGGGUAUUAUCUACAGUACAGUCGCAGUCAAAACACAGGUUGGGAUCAAGACUCAAGCCAUUUGUGGUGGUUAAAGUGUUAUGUGUUCUGGCCACAGCGUCCCCUGCCUCAGUGAAGAUGGGCCAUGCAGGCAGCUUGACGGGCAGCCCCAAGCCCUUCUCCCCUGGUCUGGUGCCCAAGCAGGAGAGGGCCCCGGGCACAGGCAGCAUCCUCAACCUCAACCUGGGUGGGUCCCAUCUAACCUCUCCUCCUUCUGUAGCACCUUGUCUUGUGCUUUCUGUUUGGUUAGGGGUUAUGUUUCGGUUGUGGUUUGAGUUUGAGUGUCAUUUGUCACAGAUCGUGUGAAGGCUGAGAUGGACCUGAAGGAGCUCAGUGAGGCAGUACAGCAGCAGCAGCAACAACAACAACAGGGGUCAUCACUCACCACCACCACCCCCAAGAGACCCAUCAGGAGCCUGGACAAGACCAUCGAGAGCUGCAAGGCCCAACUAGGUACACUCACACACCAUUCAUGAAUUGUGUCUAGUGACACAUUUCAAGGCCUAUGAAUGAUACGCUUUAUAUUCGUUGUCCCUGUGCAGGCAUUGAUGGGAUCUCUGAGGACGUGUAUAAGGGCGUGGAACACAGUGACUCAGAGGAUUCCGAAAAGUCUGACUCCAGCGACAGCGAGUACCUUAGCGACGAGGAGCACAGACCGAAGAGCGUGGACAAGGACAAAGCAGAGAGGGAGUCGAGGAAGAGGCCCAAGGCGAGCACACAGGGAGAGGACAAGGAGGCAGUCACAGGGACCAGGGAUAAAAAAAAAACUGAAGCUCUACUCAAAGACAGACAGGGCAGCAAUGGCCCGGAGAGAGACUCCCAGGAGCCCAGGACGCCCCAAACUCAGCCCCCCACAGAUAUGCCCAAGGCCCCAGAGGAGGGGAGGGCAGGCGCACCCCAGGCCCUAGCUGGCCCAGACCAGGACUCCGACUCGGAGAGGGAGCUGGUGAUUGACCUGGGGGAUGAGCAGGGGGGUCGUGACCGUAAGGCCAGGAGGGAGCCAGGGGCUGCAGCCACUAAGGCCACGAAGCUGGAAGGUGAGGGUUCAGUUACUGUCUAGUUUCAUUUCAUUUGUGUACCCUAGUUGCUUUGUAUCAGAAAGGAGGAAAAGACUGAUUGUUCUGUUAUUUAAUCAAUGUAAUUUUGUCUCCGACCAGGCAAAUUCCCCGCCGCAGUGACGCCCUCUCCAGCCUCUGCCACUUCGUCCAACCUCAAAGACCCCAGUCAGCCCCUCAUCAACCCCCCACUCAACCUGUCCUCCAGCACAGGCUCUGGUCAGCCCAACACGGCCCUCACCACCACCCCCUCUCCAGCCCCCACCUCUGCCCCCACCCUCUCCUCCGCCGCCGCCUCAGCAGUGAAGAAGCAGCGCCCUCUGCUGCCCAAAGAGACUGCUCAGGCAGUGCAGCGUACGGUGGUGUGGAACCCGGCCAACAAGUUCAGACGUCAUCCCAGAAGUGGCACAUGCAGAAGGUGCAGCGGCAGCAGGAGGAGCAGCCGUCUACGCCAACACAAACACAGGUUCCCGUUCCGGUCCAGCCGCCGACGCAGGCACAGACACGCAGCCCACAGCAGCUCCAGUCACAGCAGCAGUUGCAGGCAUCCUCCAGUACACGCUACCAGACCAGACAGGCAGCAAAAGGUACAUAGAAACUCACAACUCCCUCAAAAUCUAUACACACAUUCAUCUCAUCUUAGUUAAUAUGAGCUAUUGAAUGUUUUCUUUCAUUCCUCAUCCCUCUUCUGUGGUUUGUAGCCGUGCAGCAGAAAGAUGGUCCCCAGACCUCCACCUCAUCAGUCACCUUGGUCACCUCUGUUGCCUCCUCCUCCUCGUCUUACCUGGCAGGAGACUUUCAGAUCCCCACAGCUUCAGCAGAUGUGGCAGCUGACAUAGCAAAGUACACCAACAAAGUGAGUCAGCAAGAUGCUAUAUGUCUGCUUCACAUAGAAUGAAUAGACUUUACAGGGGAAAGUUUAUAGAUUCACAGAUUAUAUUUGUGUUUUAUUGAUAUGGAAAGUUACCUGUCUGACAUCAAGCUGUGAGUUGUAAUGAUCUCACCGGAACUUUCCAGAUGAUGGACACGAUAAAAGGGACGAUGACAGAAAUCUACAACGACCUUUCCAAAAGCACUUCAGGAAACACGAUCACAGAGGUGAGUGCUACAGUGAACAGACUUUUGGUUGAGUCCAUAAAAGAAGUAAAAUUCUCUCUCCUGUCUCACUGCUUUGUGAUAACUGUUGAAUAUUUUUGCACAGAUCCGGCGGCUGAGGAUAGAGAUUGAGAAGCUUCAGUGGCUACAUCAGCAAGAGCUUUCGGAGAUGAAGCACAAUCUCGGUUUGUUCCACUUGCCCUUUCCUUAAAAAUAUACACGUUUUAGGUUGGUAUGAUUUAUAUAUAUGUUUGUCUAUAGACUGGUUGGUUGUUUAGCAACAAAACCGUAGUGUGCGCAACUAUGGGGCAAAACAGACGGGGUUGGCUUAGAUUGUUGACAACAUGUAAACUAUAGUUAGUCUCCAAUGUUUAUUGAAAACAUAAAUACAUUUGCAGAAUGAGGACUUGUUGUCUCUCAAAUACAUCGUUAGAGUUGUUGGUUAGCUAGCUAGCGAAUUUGAGCCAUAUAAGCAUUGACAUGAAAUCAGUCAAAACACCUCAAAACAAGACAUGGUAUCAACAACAAGAUAAAACAAGCUGAAACAAGCCACCUAUGAUUCCGCACAUGGCAGCUUCUUGUCAUUGUUGCUAGUGAUCUGACAGUUCAGAAUCAUAACAACGCACGGCUUCCGGCCACAUCGAUGCGUGUGCAUCAUUUCCGUGACGUUGUCAGCCAAUUCAUGUGUGUAUGAGAUGGACUUCAUAUCUGUGUUUUCUGACAUCUUAAUAAUGCAAGUGUGUGCAUUAUAGCUGUGUGUGUAAUAUACUCAUCCAAUUCAUGUUGUAAUCAUAGAAUAUGCAUAGUAUACAUUUUAAUGCAUGUUACAUUCAUAGUAAUAAUUCAUUAUUUUCAAUAUAAUGUGAAUUAUUAUAUUAAUAGAUUUUUUAAAUGUCUAUGUGUGUCGUGCAGAGCUGACUAUGGCGGAGAUGAGACAGAGUCUGGAGCAGGAGAGGGAGCGUCUGGUAGCAGAGGUGAAGAAGCAGAUGGAGGUGGAGAAACUGCAGGCGGUGGAUGAGACCAAGAAAAAGCAGUGGUGUGCCAACUGCAGGAAGGAAGCAAUUUUCUACUGCUGCUGGAACACCAGCUACUGUGACUACCCCUGCCAGCAAGCCCACUGGCCAGAACACAUGAAGUCCUGCACACAGUCAGGUAUUACACACACAAACAACGUCAUUUGCACGAACGAAUAAAACGAAGUGCCUGUGCACCAAAAAUUCAGACAAACCCUCGCACUAACAUGCCAUGCCAUACACAUUAUACACUCUUUAGCUCUCUCUGUAUUUUACUAGCUAAACUUAUGUUUCAUGUCUGCCUCCCUCUGUUCCUACAGCAACAGCUUCUCAGCAGGAACCAGAGGCGGAGUCUACCUCUGACCCCUCAGCCAAACCACCAGGUCACUCCUCCAGCGCCCAGUACCCCUCUGGCACAGGAUAUGUCCCCACAGACAAAGGCCCCUCUCCUACCUGCAGUGUGGACAAGAGCAAGGACAGUGCCAAUGCUACUGUGCCCUAA